AUGACCGACACUUCAACAUAUUCCGAUAGUGACGAUGCCUUCUUGGAACUACUUGCCGACGAUCUUAUUACCGACGCAGGCAUCAACCGUGCAUUAGCUAUCCAGCUAACUUUAUACAGCCACGCAUGGCCGAUCACAGGCUCUCUAUCUUCUCAACAAGUAUCCGGUUUGUGUGAUAGCGCAGUCACCGGUGAUAUCGAAUGGUUCGAGUUCCAAAGGGCAAUUUACAUGCUCAGCGACAACCCUACCCCGUCACCGUCCCCCGACAUCAACUCUGAAGUCUUUGUAACCUUUCUCUGGCACCAAACACCGAUUAAUUCCCUCUAUUCUCACAUCGCCCCCUUGUCAAUCGAUUUCCAUCACCCUGACUCGGCGUCGGCGUCGGCUGUGGCCUUGCCGCUGCCCUUCUUCACGCCCAAGCGAAGCACGCGCCUCCUCCUCGCCUUCGUCGAACACCCCAUCUCCCCGUCAUCCGCCACGGCCUUGCCCCUCCUCCCCAGCCCAGCGCUCGCCGCGCCCAAAACCGCCAAACUCCGCCCAGGCGUCGCCGCAGAGGCGGACGCGGAAGACAUGCGUUGCGCGGAGAGGUGGUGGUUUUUGCGUCUGCGACUGCGGUUGCAUCGGCGAGCCGGGAAUGUCGAGCGAGAGGAGGAGCUCGGCGUCGCGAGCGGCUGCGACUGCGUGACGCCCUAUCCUUCGCCUGGUGUCUACGGCACCAAGUGCCACUUCGCUAAUGGUGAAGGGGAAUUGCGGUCUGUGGCUCGUCAUCCAAAAUACAAGACGGAGAUCUGCAGGACGUUCUGGGUAUCGGGCGCUUGCCCGUAUGGGAAACGUUGCUGUUUCAUCCACACAGAGCUCCCCGCGAACGGUGCUGCCCCCGGUGCUGAGGGCGUACCUCCCCCUUCUGCGACGAUUGACUCUCGCCAACGUGCUAAUAGUUCGGCGAGCGAUCCCAGUGACGCCCCGACAUCCCUUCUCUCGCGGAUCUCUCACAGCAGGCACGACCUUGCUACGCCUAUUGACACGAACUCUGCAGCUCAUAACAUGUAUAAUACCCGACCGCCCACCGGGUCCCUCCGUGUCGAUACUGCGUCCCUCACGAAUAUUGCGAAGCAGAACAAGUCGGCCUAUCCGACCCUCGCUAGCCAGCAGAACGCACUGAUGAUGAACCCGCGUGAAUCCGCGAUCCACUCGCCGGUUCCUCUGACCGCCGGCCCCGAUCUCGGUCGGUCCACUGCCGCUCGUUUGAAUAUUGUGGGGCAAAAUCAGCGUGUUCGCAGGACGAACACGUCUAACCCUCGCCACUCCUUCAACGGGGCGGACGUCGAUUUUGAGUACGCCUCCCCGACUACUCCGUCGGCCGCCAACGUCAGCUCCUCCUUCGGCAUGGGCUCCCAGAACGACCGCCUUUCCACUUCCGGAACAGCUCCUCGGUCGCACGUCAGGUCAGGCAGUGCAGGCAACUGGGGCAGCUUGACGCGAAGCAACCUUUCGGUUGCUUUCCCCCAGUCCGAGCUCGCAGUUGGGUCGAACCGAGUAAGCAACAACGCACAAUGGAUCUGAUUAAAAACAUAUCGGACGUUAUCUCAACCGCUGGAACGGACUUUGUGUUUUCUUUUUUCUCUUUCUGCAUAUGUUGUGAACGUUCAUGCACUCACCAAUCUUUAUUAUUGUCGCUGUACUCAUGCUUGCAUACCUUCAAGUCUUUUGCAUGACGUAAAGUACCCAUCGCCUACAUUUCAUUGUGCAAUAUUCCUAGUCCAAAUGCUCUUGAAUAAAACGCUUUCGUAAACGC